CUUGCUAUAGUAGGAAGAGAAAGCGAAAGUAUGAAUUCUGCAGGAAUUCCCCUGCUUGUUUUGUCCUGUAAAAGCUAACUUCACAAACACUACCUCAGUUUCAACAAGAGCGUGUGUGUGAGACGGAGGUCUACCUUUACUGAGUCGCAGGUGCUACCAAGAAGAAUCGAAGUCAUGAGCCAUUCCACAACAAAGCCAAAGUGUCCAGGUUGCCAUCAGGAUGUUGUCACGGAUUCAGAAAGGCAGUGUGUUGUGUGCAAAUUGUGUUCCAAAGCAAAACGUCGUGUUUUUAGUUUCUGCUGGGAUUGUCAGAGAGAGUGGCCACGCAGCACAUCAUCAAACAGCUCCUGCACACAGCCAAACUGCGCUCUCCGGGCUGCUCUGAUCUCCGAUAAACGGAUCAGUGAUCCCAACAGUUCAGCAAAGGGAUGCCCCUAUUUCAGGGCCUGUCCUGCGUGCAAUGCCCUGCUCACACACAACGGACAAGGCUGCCCCAACAUUACAUGCCCUAAGUGCUCCAUAGGAUUCUGCUUCCGUUGUCUUCGCCCAGGAUGCUUUUUGACAGACUUGGAUUUGAUUCCUUUCAUAAGGGAGAGGCACAGGUUGAUUGGACUUCCACAGCUUCAACCAUGUACUAUAGUAGAUAACAGUCAGAGUCUGAUGGCACUUCGUUAGUAGAAUCACUCGGUCGGAGGCAAACAAAAAAUGUCUACCAUACGAAUGCGUACAUUUUCACACUUGUCUACAGACGCAUUUAGGUUUUACAGACAAGGUGUCAGAACUCUGCGGGGGUCGGGGGUCAAGUCUUUCAGAGUAGUGUUGGGAAUCUUUAAAAUACAGUUUAGGUCAUACUGUGCUUCUUUGAUAUAAAAAAUAAUUUCACUGAUUUGAACUGAAAUGUACUUAAAUAACUGUACAUUUAAUCUUUCACUGAUAUGUGAUCAAAAAUGAUUUGUGUGCACAAUGGUAGAUGUCUGAGAUCAAUCUGUAAAAUUGUGAAUGUGACGAAAAACACAAGUAACCCAUGCAUUAAAGAGGAUUUAAAAUUUAAA